AUGAGCACAUUUCUUUUCAACAAAAAGGAUGUCAUUCUUUAUUUCGCUUUUGUUUUUUUUUCGUUUUUUAUAAACUAUAAUAAUUCACACAUAUUUAAUAAUGACGAUCGAAAAUUAAAAACACUGUUCAAUCGAAUUUGUCAUAAAAUAUUUUCAUCUGAACAUAUCGGAAAUGUAAACAGAAGAAAUGGAAUCGUAGAAAGCUGUACUUUUGGUGGAAGUGAAAAAGAAAAGAAAAGAAAUUCAAGUACAUUUGAAUGUAUAAAUCAUAAGUUGUUAAAAAAAAGUAAAAUCUUAUUUUACAUUUGGUCUAAUAAUUUACAAAAAAUAAGAGUUAAUGAAAUAAUGGAGAAAGAGAAAAUAUUUAUUGACCUAAAUGAAGAAUAUAUUUAUUUAAAAAAAAAAGAAAGAAAAGAAAAAACUCAUGAACUAAAUUAUAUUGAUUUAUCAACUUUUCCAACUUAUUGUUCAUUUUAUAAAUUGAAAGUACAAGAUUUAUUAUAUUAUGAUAAAAAAAUAAAUUAUUAUAGUAAAAGAUACUUUAUAAAAACUGAUCAUUUAAAUAGUGAUCCAUUAAAUGAAAAUGCAACUAUUUUUAUUUGGGGUAAUAAAUAUGAAAAUUUACAAAAUUCAAAAAAUAAAAUUUAUAAAAAUUUUCAUAAUAUAUUAUACUAUUAUAUUACUAUCCUUAUGAACAAUAUAUUGAAUCAUACAUUCUAUUUUGUCUUUAAUAUGAAUAAAGAGAAGAAUUAUGAAAAUUUUAUUAUUUAUAAAAACAAAUAUAUAUAUCCAUUUAAAAAUAUUCAACUUAAUUAUGAUAAACACAAAGAUAUAAAUAAUAUUAUUUCUUUAAAAAAUUCAAAUGUACAAAAUAAUAAUGAAACAAUAACAGAUUUUUACCUAGUGGAAAUUUGUCAUUCCUUAAAAGGUAUAACAUUCAAACAAAAUCAUAACAUCUUAAAGAAAAAAUUAAACAACAUAUAUUUUAAUAUAGAAUUUGUUACAUAUAUAUUUCAAUUUCCUCCAGUAUUCUAUCACAUCAUAUUUAUCAUAUUUUUUUCACUACUAAUUACUUAUGUAUUUUAUAAAAUUUUUAUCAAAUAUAAAACGUACAUAUGA